CCGGGGACCAGACGAAGAGGUUGAUCUUUCAGAUCCGGAAGCACCCUUCAUCAGCUGGCCUCUAGCAAGAGUAUGCAACGAGACAAUAUGGGUCGACGGCCUGGUCUUCCUCUGCGACAACAACUCGGGGGGCGUCGGCAAUAUUCGAAACUACAUUCAGACGUGUCUGCGCUAUGCCCUUGAGGCAGGCGCAACCGGUCUCGUCAUCCCCAAGAUCCGGAAGCGCAGUGACAAGAAUCUUGCAGAUCUUUUCACAGAGUAUCUGCCGUUUGAGUACAUGUUCGAUGAGAACCACUUCCGCCAGGCAUUCAGCACAUCCUGCCCCCGGAUAAGCCUGUAUGCCACUGAGAGCGACAUUCCGGGGGUGACUUCUGAGACAGAAGUUGAGCUCAUAAAACCCCAGAACUUUGGAUACCGGGGCGACGGCAAUCCAAUCGACCAGGACAGGCAUACUGAUCGUUUCGGCACCAGAUUCCGCCAGUGGCUCAAGGAUGGGGUCAUGCCCGUCAACGGCAUGCAGCAGACUGAGCCUAAAACCAGCAACCGAGCCUUCCCAACUGCUGCGAGCCCCAGACUGAUCCGAUUCGAGUGGGGUGUCAUCUGGAAUUGGCCGGUCUAUCGUGACGGUCCCGAGUUCACCGCGACGUUCGGCAGCAUACUCAGAUACAACAAAGAGCUGCUCCGUCUUGGCAAGAAAGCCCUCUCGCAGAUGCGGCAGCUGUCACAACAGGAAGGCGGGUCAGGAGCGUUCUUGGGCGCACACUUGCGCACCGAAGCAGACGCCUUGGAAUUUUGGCCAAAAUAUCGUCAGCAGGCUGAUGCCUAUCUGCAGAGAGCUGGCGCAAUGGGCUUUCGAGCUGCCUAUCUCGCCACCGGCAACGAGACUGAGGCAGCAAGAUUCAGUAAAGAGGCAAAGGACGCGGUCGAUAUGAGAGUAUGGACAAAAGAGGAACUGCUGUACGGGAAAGAUCUGGAUGAUUUGAUGGCAUUGACUUUGGACCAGAGAGCCAUCGUUGAUGUUCUGAUCCUCCUGGGCAGUAACUAUUUCGUUGGGGUUAUGCCAAGCAGCUUCUCUGUGUACGUUACAAUCAAACGGCAUCUCCGGAUUGAUGGCCUCCAUAUGAGACCGUACAAGGUCGGAACAGAGGGUGACGGAUUGUCAUAUCUUGUGGGAAGUUAUCAACGAUAUUGGGACGAGUGGGUUUUCAUGUUUGAUGGCAUGUGGCCGUAGAUAUUUCAGCAUUUGUGGGAUGAUUGUGGAUUUGGCUCACACUUGCUCAGUAGAAAUCUAGAUAGUUUUGUUGGUGAAGCUCUAUCUCCCU